AUGGCUCUGAGAAUUGGCGAGGAUGAAAGCCUCAUGGCUUAUGCCAAAAUGUAUUAUGAGGUGUUUAACCGAAUACCAAGAUGCAACCAAGAGUUGGUGGUCGUAUCUUUUAAGAAUGGCCUGAACGAUGACUACAUGCUUCAAAAUUCACUAGCAAAGACUUUUAUGAAAAGUAUGGAGGAGCUAAUGGCCAGGAUUGAGAAAUAUGCGAGAACCAAAGAAGACAUGCCAGGAACGAAAGCGUCAAAGCAGGAGAAGAGAAACGGCUCACUGAAACGAGACCGAGGUAAUACAAAUUUUAAUAGACAAGAAACAAGACUAAGGGCUGCACAGACAGUCACUACCGUGUUUCGGAUCCCGAUUUAUAAAGUCCUGGAAAGGAUCAGGAACCAGUCGUAUUACAGAGCACCAGAAAGGAUCCCUGACGAAUUUAUAGGGAGAAGUCUGGGGAAGCACUGUGCCUACCACAAUGAAGACGGAUACCUGACGCAGGGUUGUAAAGCCCUAAAGGCGUAUUUGGAAGAUCUGGUCAGACAGGGUCACUUAAAGGACCUAGUAAAUAAGGCCUGA